AUGGGGAUGGGUGUCACGGUGCUGCCGGUAUGGGGAUGGGUGUCACGGUGCCACCAGAAGGACGAGUGCCACGACAGGGUGACGCAGUGCAAGUACAAGCGCAUCGGCUGCCCCUGGCAGGGGCCCUACCACGAGCUGACGGUGCACGAGGCCGAGUGCACGCACCCCACCAAGACGGGCAAGGAGCUCAUGGACAUCCUGGACGAGAUGGACCAGACGCGCAAGAAGGAGAUGCAGCUCUACAACAGCAUCUUCAGCCUGCUCAGCUUCGAGAAGAUCGGCUACACAG